UUCAUAUGAAACUUGUAAACAGUACACAACCAUGACUUCUUCUCCUUCACCAUAUAUCAGUUUCAAAUCACUAAGGCAAUACCCCAAAACAAAACAAUGAAAGAUCUGUCUUUCUUCUUCCUACAAGAAAUACUCUCUCGCCUCGAGGACGAGAGGAUGAGGUCAACGUGGUAGCUUUCCGAGCUCUUGUGGUGGCGAUGGCUCGACUAAUUCCACACUAAACCAACAUCAAAACAUCGACAUGAUACCAUCUGCCACACCUGAAAAGCCCCUCUCGGUGGAGGGUCGCCGAUAACGCUAGAGGGUAUGAUACUUCAGCUAGAGGUUGAAGAAGAUAUUGUUCGAAGGGCUGGGCUCCGUGAAUCUUCUUACUACGGUUCUUUUGAUGAUUCCGACGACGAUGAUGAUAACUUAUAUCAGCCCGUUCGAAUGUCAUGCGUUAAAAGGGAUGGUUGCGAAGAGUGUAAUGUGGUGGUUGCGAAGCUGAUGGGCUUGGAGAUGAAACCGGUUACGGUCAAGGGAAAACCGGUAAACGAUAAGCUAGGGACUCUGCUCAAGAGAGAGCGUCAAAGGAGGAGAGAUCGGACGCUCGACAUUAACAGUCGGAAUGGUCAAGCUUCUUGCUCGUCACGAGGUUUUGACGCAAUGAAACCCAUAAGAGCAGUUGGAUCACCUAGUCGCGUAGGUGGAUGGCCCACACUCAGUUUACCAUAG